GCGUCCUUAGCGUCACCGCGGCAGUUCCGCGUUGGUUCGAAGACAGGAGUCUGUUUGGUUAUCCCAGUGAGCAUCUAAAGAGGGAGAAUAGACGUGAUUUAGGGAACAUAAAGGCCAGAAUGGCGGACAUACGGCCGUGUAAGGUGUGUAACUUCACUCGACAGAAGUCCUACGGGCUGGUUGUUCCCUCCCUGACGGAGCUGAAGAUAAGAGGGUCGGAGUUCCUCGGGCAUCCCAGUGACCAGGUCACAGUGGUCCUAGAGGAUGAUGGGACGAUAGUAGAGGAUCAGUCCUACUUCUUGUGUUUACCCCCAAACACAAAGUUCAUGCUGUUGCAUGAAAAAGAAUCAUGGUCUCCAGUUCGCAAGAUGGAUGGUGGCACGGCCUGGAUGGCCAGGGAGUCUGUGAUUCUGGAGAAUGAUGCUGUGGAUGCCCUCGGCCUUGUAGCCCCCUGGUGGGGCCUGGCUCAGCAGCUGAAGCAGGACCUGGCCAGCAUCAUCCUGAUGUCUGAGGACGACUUACAGACAUUAGUAGAUGCCCCAUGCCCUGAGCUAGCUUCUGCUCUGGGCUUCCAAGAGAAGAAGGCUGUGGACCUGAAGGAGACACUGCAGAGGGUUUUGGACAGAAGGGAGGCGGAGAGACAGUCCAAGGAGUUGCUCCAGCUCUACCUCAAAGCUGCGGACAAAGAGGACAAGCAGCAGGAAGAGCCGAGUCAGCCCAGCCAGGGAGGGGCUGCACAGGUGGAUAUGCCAGACGGAAUGGAAGUGGAUUCCGCAUCUGGAUUCAUGUCCAGGACUCUGAUGGUCUUGAAAGGCAAAACCAGCCCAGAGACCAGGCUCUCCACUGAAGACCUGCAGAUGGUAGCAAGCAGAGGGGUUGAAGCUAUGCAGCAGGUGCUGGGCUGGGACUCAUCCAGGACGGCAGAUCUGCUGCAGGCCUGCAAGGCCGAGCUGGCCACACGUCUUCAGCAGGUCCAGGCCGUGCAGUCCGUCAGGAGCAGCACACAGCUGGACAGCAGCCGGCAGGCCGGUGGGAAGAACGCGGAGGGCAAACAAACAGCAGCCAGAAGCAGGGACUAGGCCAACUUCACCUGAGCAGAGACUGAUAAGAAUUCACACUACCUGCCUCAGGGUCAGCAGAAUGGGAUUUGUCCCGUGGUACUGAUAAUAUACAUAAUGCUGGAAUCUAUGAAUGCUAAUAAUGUUGAUGUUUGCAUCAUUUUGUAAAACCACCUAAGCGCUUUUGCCGCAAGAGGUUUUAACCACUAGUAGCUUUCUAUUGGCUCCUUAAUUUGUGCCAGGCUGUAAAAAUAAACAUAUAUGAAUAUAAACAUAUUUAUGUAAAAAAAAAAAAAUCUGUUCAAUAUGGAGCUGAAAGGAUCAGGCCGUUUCAGCAGCCUGGCUCUGUUCAUGUAAGAUAUUAAAAUUAACCUGACAGCACCUAUUCAGAUAACAAGUUCACAUAUCACUUCUGUUCUCCGAGCAUGUAAGUGAUUUUUUUUAUUGGGGACUGGGCAUAUAAAAGAUAUCAUUCUCCCAAUUCAGUGGACUAUCAGUUUGGUAGUUGCUAUUUUAAGGUAAUAAAAGUAGCAUGGUGUUGCUUCUAAGUUUUUAUAAAAACUGUUAUUGUUUCCCACUAUUAUUGUUUACAGUUUUCUCCUCAUUUGAAUUGCUAAUUAAGACAGAUAUGAUAGACUGCUUAUUUUUUUAUGCACACUUUUAUGUUGAAUAUAAGAAAGAAAUAGACUUUCAGCUAGCCAGAGAAACCCUGUUGAAAUCCAGUUCAUAAUGAGCAACAAAACAGAUUUUAUUGUGUUUUUGAAAUAAUUCAAAAGUGCCAUCGCCGAAUGGACAUUUACAUUUUGAAUUCAGAGGAUCUUUUGUGACGUUGAAAGUAGCAGUGUGCUCUUAUUUCAAUCAGCUGCUAACCAGGCUGAUCCUGUACCGUAUAACACUCCCUUCCCAGUGGCUCCUGCAAAAAGAGACAUGUUAGGACCCCACUAGAGCUCUGUAUCAAAAGUUUACUUUUAUUACAAUCACUUAUAAAGUUUACAAAGAGACACACAAUGUCAAGAAGUUGAUAAAUUUUUUUCUUUUCUUUUCAGAAAACGCAAACAUAAAUCCACUUAAUUUAUUCUGUAAGAUUAAAGUUUUCACAUCUGUGUAUAUCCGCAAACAAACGUGGAUACCAAUAAGUCUGUGAAAGUUUCAUAUCGGAUCAUUAUUAGCCAAGAAAAUCAGUGGGACUCUUCCAAUAGGUGUGAAAUAUCAUAAUUUACUGACCUGUAACUAUAAGUAAAUUCAGUAUGUGGAAUAUUGAAUAGUAGAAAUACAGUAGUGUGGUGGGAACACACACAAAACACAAUGCCAAAGUAACUUGCACUACGUUAGAGCAUGGAGUGCAGAUAGAACCCGUGACCUUGAUCCUUCUAAGAGUGAAACAUUUUCAUGAUAUAUAUGCAAAUCCUAAAAUCGAGUAGACAUAAUUAUAUAAAAACUCUGCGUCAAUAAAUACAUCUAUUUGAAUGGAUCACACAGGCUAAUUCAUCAUUCCACCAUUAACGUGUGACACAAGACGAGAUGUAUGACACACAAAUGCAAGCCUCACCGAGUCCAUUAUGGCUGACAUUUUGAAUGACAAAGCUUCAUCUUUGAAUUAUUGAGAACCUGGAUUUCUGGAUGAGCACUCUUUAACACCAUCAAUUAAAUACUAUUAGGAAGCUAUGUAUCAGUCCAGUGGCUACGUGAUAUGCAUCGGUGUGUUCGAUGUGUGCAGGUCCGCGUGAUUCAUAGGUCAUGGAGAAGAGGGCCUUUGUCGUGCCUGUCAUCUCUUCAUCUGUCUCUCGGACAUAGAACACAAAUGAUGGUGGUCACACUACUUAAAGCUUCUAAGAACUUCCCCGUGUCAGUUCUCCAGCACAUUCACAUGUAGUAUUUAAUUGAAACGCGUACGGCAGGUGUUAGAAUGGGAACUUGUAUAUGAUUGUACAGUAUAAGGUACCUUUGAUACACAUGUUGAAUGGUGGUUGGAGGAUUUUCUAAAUAAACUCGUCUUGUCUUUUCAAA